CAACAGAGGCGGGUUUGGAUUUUCUUUCACAUGCUGCACUUGUAGGAUUCAUGGCAGGUGCAGCAAUCAUGAUUGGUCUUCAACAGCUUAAGGGAUUGCUUGGAAUUAGCAACUUUACUAAUAAAUCUGAUGUUGUUUCUGUUUUGGAAUCGGUUUAUAAAUCACUCCGUCACCAAAUUCCAUCGAGAGAAUGGUACCCUCUGAAUUUUGUCAUUGGAUGUUCAUUUCUGAUUUUCCUAUUGUUUGCAAGAUUUAUGGGAAAAAGAAAUAAAAAGCUGUUUUGGUUACCUGCUAUUGCUCCUCUUAUAUCAGUUAUAUUAUCAACUUUUAUUGUGUAUAUUUUCAAAGCUGAUAAAAAUGGAGUUAAUAUAGUAAAACAUGUGAAAAAAGGGCUUAAUCCAAGUUCAGUUCAUCAAUUACAACUCAAUGGUGAACAUGUUGGAGAAGCAGCAAAAAUUGGAUUGAUUUCUGCUGUUAUUGCUCUCACUGAAGCAAUGGCUGUUGGUAGAUCUUUUGCUUCAAUUAAAGGAUACCAACUUGAUGGGAACAAAGAAAUGUUAGCAAUGGGUUGUGGUAACAUUGCAGGAUCUUUGACUUCAUGUUAUGUUGCAACUGGUUCAUUUUCAAGGACUGCAGUAAAUUUCAGUGCAAGAUGUCAGUCAUCAAUAUCAAAUGUUGUGAUGGCAGUGACAGUGAUUCUGUGUUUGGAGUUGUUUACCAGGCUGUUAUAUUACACACCUAUGGCUAUUCUUGCUUCCAUAAUUCUCUCUGCACUUCCGGGACUAAUUGACAUAAGAGAAGCUUGUUAUAUAUGGAAGGUUGACAAAGUUGAUUUCCUUGCUUGCAUUGGUGCUUUCUUUGGUGUCUUGCUCGUCUCCGUCGAAACUGGCCUUAUUGUCGCAGUAAGUUUGCCUUUCUUAUCUACUACUCAAAUGUGGUUCUCGUAGCAAAUUUGUAGUGUGUUACUGUGUUUGAAUUUCUGUUCAUAAAGGUAACUAAAGUUUUAGCAACAGAGUUCUGAUAAAUUAAGAUCCCUAUGCGAGUCUUCAUUUUUGUUUUUAGUUUUUUUCUGAUAAAAGAGUAUUGUUGAAUAUACAAAUACCUCUAUAGUUCUGAUGAUGGUAUUUUGUCUGUAUAUUUUUUAUGAAAAAUGUUAAUGAUUGAACAUAUCAAUCAAUUCCUUUAUAUUUUAUAUAUGACUUGGUUAGGGUGUUUGAUUAUUGCUUCGUUACAUGAAAGGCUCUUGUAUUUUUGUUGUUUAAUUGUAUCGAUUGCAUUAA